AUGGCCAAUCAGGAAUGGUCAAAACUCAUUAGAGAACAUCCCAUCAGAAAUGGUCUCGAUACCUGCUACAAUUCAUUAAAGAUAUUUUAUGAGACUAAAGGAAUCUCCUAUUCAGCAGAAACCUUAACACAGCUUAACAGCGAAGAUCUCCAAAAUGUCAUUCUUGAUCUUCUCUUAGCGCUGCAACAGCUUAGAGUGUCUCGUUUGCUCCGGUCCGGUAACAAGACUCUAUUAGCCAAUCUUUUCACCCUUGCUUCAGUCGUUGCCUCGGGUAACUUCGACUUCAACCACGUCAAGCUUCUAGUUACAGCAGUUAUCACUAAGAAACCCGACGAAGAGAUUUGGGCCCAAGUCUAUCAUGCUGUUACCAUGGGCAGCCUCGUAAAUUCUUCGGAACGUCGUGUCGAUACCGAUCCCGUGCUGAAGGAGGAGCUCGAGCAGACGUACGUUGAUGUUCCAAGGUUCCACGACGCUUUCUUCGAAAAGAUUCCACACCUAGAAAGCACAUCCCAAGCCAUCUUGGAAAGAUGCUACGAGGGACCAAACCCAUGGUUUCAUUCAACGGCAGCAUGUAAGUUAGAUGUUGGUAUCGUAACCCUUUUCAAGGCACUAUUACAUUGGUCUCAGGUUCUCAUCCCCGGGGAACUGAAAAGCAAUUCAAAGAACGACUGCCAAACCGGCGCGUGGUUUGACAUCGGGAAAUACGUGAGGGAGGUAUUUGCUACGCAAGAUAUUAGAUGCUUUGUUUUGGUUUUUACUCUUUGCGGAUCUCUUAUGUGUGUGUGGGAGUUUGAUUGCUUUGGUGGAAUUGCCUUGAUGCAGUUCGAUAUUAAUAAAGAUGGGUUACGGUUCGUGUCGACGAUGUUCGGCUUUUUGUGGAUGGACGAGAAGGACUUGGGAUUCGACCUAACCUUUAUUCCGUUCAAUGACGGAAGGUGUAUUGAGAUUAUCCGGAACGGAAUACCGGAAUGUAUCGUAAUUAACAAGUUUAUGGGACGGUUGUCUUGUAUCGUAGGCCAGGUUACCACAUGUUGGAAGGCUUACCCAGAAGGGGAUCUGUCUACGAUAUUUAUAAUCAAAGAUUCCAUCCAAAAAGAAUUGGACAUUAUCAAAGCCUUUAAUUAUAAGGUUAAGAGUUUAUUGUCGAAUCGUAUCUAUCGACGUAUUAUUGUUUGUAACUAUGGGCAAAACAUUUAUAAAGUUAGUUUGUGUGUGGCCCUCUUUGCUGUAUUUGAGAGCUGCAUACAAGGACAUAAGUUAUUACUUAAGGCCGGCAUCUUCCAUAGAGAUAUAUUAAUCAACAAUAUUAUGAUUAAUGAGGAUGGUAGCAGCCCUUUAGGAUUUUUGAUUGAUCUCAACCUUGCUAUCAAAGGAAAGACCGGUAUAAGGGCUUUUAUGGCGAUUGGGGUGCUUAGAGGUCGUCAGCAUUUUUUUGAGCAUGACCUCGAGUCUUUCUUCUGGGUGUUAUUCUGGAUAUGUGUAUAUUAUAAUGGUUUGAAUGAGGAAAGAUCCGUUCCUGAAUUUGACAAGUGGAAUGUCGUUGGUAUGAGUGAAUUAGCAAGAUUGAAAUCAGGUACUAUUUUAGAUGAAGACUUAUUUAUCGAAACACUUAUUCAAUACUGCACACCUUAUUAUAAACCUUUGAUAUCCUAG